AUAAAUUGACAUUAAAAUCCCCGAGGAAAUGGCAUUUCGGUGAGAAAACCAAUGUUGUUCAAUCAUGCUUGAUUACAGAGAUUCAUAAGCUAUGAUUCUUGCACCAAACCUGUGUUUCAGAACAAUCCCAACAAAACUCAUAACCCUAAAGCAACAAAAGGAUCCUCCUCACCAACUCAACCCAGUAAUCCCAACAAAAACAAAAGCGUGCGAGUCUUUUGAUUUGCACAAGGAGCUUAUUCCAUACGGAAAGGCGUGGUCUUGGCAGAAACAAAUUGUUAAACAAAAACAAGCAUUGAUUCAAGAGCAUGAGGAUUGCCCAGAUUCAUUAAUCAUUCUUCAGCAUAACCCUGUUUAUACAAUGGGCACUGGCAGCUCGGAAAAGUUUUUGAAUUUUGACAUGAAGGAAACUCCUUUUGAUGUUUACCGAACUGAACGCGGCGGGGAAGUUACCUACCAUGGACCUGGACAGCUAGUUAUGUAUCCUAUUAUUAAUCUCCGGAAUCACAAGAUGGAUCUUCAUUGGUAUCUUAGGACACUUGAGGAGCUGGUGAUUCGUGUUCUUUCAUCAUCAUUUUCCAUUAAGGCUUCUAGGAUUGAGGGUUUAACGGGUGUUUGGGUUGGAAAUCAGAAAUUGGCUGCAAUUGGUGUAAGAGUAUCCAAGUGGAUAACAUACCAUGGGUUGGCACUUAAUGUCACCACAGACCUAACUCCAUUCAAUUGGAUAGUUCCAUGUGGGUUACAGGAUCGCCAAGUUGGAAGCGUAAAGGGGUUGCUUCAAGAAUUUCAGUCAUCUACACUACGCAGUGAAGCGGUUAAACCAAUUUCUGAUGAUGAUGAGUUGAUUAAUAUCUCCUACAAGUCCUUGAUUAAAGAGUUCUCUGAAGUUUUCAAUCUUGAAAUCCAUCAAAAGGCUCUUGAUUUUGGAGAGGGCCAUUAACCAGAUUGGAGGAGCCUGAAAGAAUAGUAAAUUGCCUCAAUACAAUAAAAUGUUUUUUUUAUGCUUCUCUACUCUGCAAGUCAUUAACUCUAUAAGAUUAUUUAUCCAAUAGAAUUAUAAGUCCAACUAUGCAGGUUAUAGAAUUGAGUAAUGCUAGAAAAUUUCUAGUUUUCUUUUGUAUGAUUGCAAUUCUAUAA